GUCAGCGUCGAUCAGUUCAGUUCAGUUGUGUGUAAGCAGUUACUUAGUGAGCACAGUCUUUCCGCAUAAGAAAAAAAACAACAAAUAAACCGAAAUAAACUCCUAAACACCGUUGACCAAAUCCUCAAAUAAAUCUAAGCGAGAUACAGAGGGCGAACGAUUGCUCACCCUUGAUCCCAGUUUGGUAAAAAAUUAAUUGACAAAAUAAUCUCCAAAAACCAUAGCUAAAAACCGGUAAAAAAUGGUGAUGUCUCAGUGUUACGGGAUUAUAAAAUACACGCUUGUUUGCGUCAACUUAAUAUUUUGGGCCCUCGGUCUUGCAGCAGUAGUCCUUGGCGUAUGGAUGUUAGUUGACAAGACAUUUAUCGUAUCGCUGACCCAAGAAGAGACUAAUUACCAUGCAGGACUGUACAUUAUGGUCGGUGCAGGGGCUCUACUCGUGAUAGUUUCAUUCCUUGGUUGCUGCGGUGCAUUUCGCGAGUCUCAGUGUCUACUUGUUUCUUUCUUCAGCUGUCUAUUGGUCAUUGUCGUGGCACAGAUUGCCGCUGGCGCAUGGCUCUACACUCGUCGUGAUACUAUGGGGCCGCUGGUCAAAAGGGCAUUCUCAGAAACCGUUAAAAAAGAUUAUGGUGUUCUCGAAUAUCGCACUGCAACCGUUGACGCAUUUCAAUCCGAUUUGGGAUGCUGCGGAGCUAAUGGACCAGAUGAUUGGGCUGGAAGUAAAUACAAUACCAAGGGCUCAACUCUGAAUGGACUCAGUGUCACUGUCACUUCCAAUGGAAACAACAAUUACGAAUUGCCUGAGUCCUGCUGCAAGGACAGGGCUUCUGAGGACUGCCGCAGAGCACGCCAAGUGAAAAUUGGAGGAUUUGUCGAUAAUGCUAUUUAUGCUGAGGGCUGUGUCGACAAAUUAAUCAGCAAACUGAAUGACCAGGGCUGCACGAUUCUCAUCGCAAUAAUUGGCCUGGGUAUCGUUGAUCUCAUUGGACUCAUCUUCUCUCUAGUGCUCUGCUGCGCUAUCGGGUCGUCCGAUCGAUACAAGGCUUAAGAAAAAAUUCUCAUAUAUUAAGGUUUUUUUCUAGACAUGUAAGCACCAGAAUCGUUUUCGCCAAGAUCUAGCGUACUUCUCCCUGUCCAGAUGUGCCCAAUCGCUCGCUAUUUACAUUACGACUGAUUUUGAUUUGGAAGAAAAAACUUGUAAUUAAUGUUUUAUCUCUGUGCCAAGAUCUCGUGGGUGGAAAACGUCCUAGAAUACGCUUCACUCGUCGAUGCUUCACAGCAUUAAACCUCAUUAAUGUCGAGGAAUUAAUCACGGAGUAAUAAGAGUCCAUCCCGUACCUUGAGAUGUCCAUUAGUUCUAGAAAUAUUUCGAAUUAUUUUAAAGUAGAAAUCUCUGAUGCAGUGCAUAUGUCCUUUGUUGGCUGCUUAAUCUGAUGUGGAUGAUGACAAAAAAUAAAAGCACUUGGGGCAAUUUGGGUGUCCAGCAGUUUUGAAAUUCGCUGUGAAUUGUUUUGGGAGGAAAUGACUAUUGUGAAGUCUCGAAUAACGGCAGAUCGUUGGCUAAAAAUCAGUACCUGCGUAUUUACAAUUCAUUGAUGAUGAACGCAGAUUUCACAUGCGUUUGAGAUUCGCAAGGAAAGAAAGUCUGUUGUACAAUGAAAGGGGGAGACUAGGUGGACAGUUAUGUCAAUGUUUCACUUUGCAAUUUUGAUAAUUUACAAUUCCAAUUAUAUUCGCAGUUAGCAAGUCUAUUUCGUUGUAAUAUUGACUGCAAUAUCUUUUAGAUUAUUUUUUAAUGUAACAUGUGCACAGAAAACAUUGAGAAAAUUUUUUGAAAUCGAGAAUAUUCCUUUUUAAAUUACUAAUUUCUUAUUCUUAUUUUUUUUCCUAAAAUCUUUCGAGAGAUAUUGGAACAAUGAGAGAUGUAGAUAGUGUUUUCUCUUUAAAAAAUCUAACUGUUGCAUUUGUAAAGUCAAACAGUUUCUUCUCCCCUUCGUUCUCCAACUAAUUGAAUAACUAUCUCCUUCCUCCAUUGGAUGACAGACAUUCAAUGUGUUGACAUUUUACCAAAGAUUUAUUCAUUUUUCAUUGGUACGACUUUGUUUAAGAUCUGAGUACCGUUUUGACGAAGAUUGGCACAAGAUUGUUUGAAAGAAAUUGCGCAAAACUUGCCAAUGACUCUUUUUCAUUCUAAGAUCCUUUUUUCUACAAAUGAAUCUCAAAAUAAAAGAAGAAACCUUUUUUUAAUCUUUUAUGGGUAUAAAGAUUCUUCACCCGCUGAACUGAUUAAUACACUUUCUCUAUUUAUUAGAAAGUUUCUUUUGGAUAAUUUUUUUAUUAAUAAAUAUUAUGGUAAAAAUGAAAAAAUAUAUAUAUACACAAAGAUAUAUAUUUAUUUCGAAUUGAAUUUGAGCAGUGAUUGCUCUGUUCAAUCCCCAUUCUUCUAUAGAUAUGUAUUAAAUGUAAUUGACCCGUGAAAAGCCAAGCUAGUUGUAGGAAGAGACGAUAAGAAAUAAAAGUAAUAAAGUCGAAGAUUAAUUACAUGGAAAUGUGGCAGAUAUUUUCCAUGUUCCAAACAGAGACAAAUUAUUGAGAUGAUGAAAAAUUAUA